GUUGAAAGAAAAGUAAUGUUACCAGUGGGCCUUUUCGGACCAGAACCUAUAAGGCAGCCUUGUGGUGCGAAUUAUGGUUUUACAUCUUCCAAGAGCAUUUGUCGGCUUAUUCCAUACUCUCUUGAGUCUUGUCGUAGCAGAAUCCCUGAUAAGCUAACCAAAAUGGUCCUUCAAAACGAUAUUGAUCUGCUUAACCCACCUGCUGAGCUUGAGAAGAGGAAGCACAAGCUUAAGCGUCUUGUUCAGUCUCCCAAUUCAUUUUUCAUGGAUGUCAAGUGUCAAGGCUGCUUUAACAUUACAACGGUGUUCAGCCACUCUCAGACCGUUGUGGUGUGUGGAAACUGCCAGACUUUGCUUUGCACACCCACCGGAGGAAAGGCAAUGCUCACUGAAGGAUGCUCUUUCAGGAAAAAGGGAGACUGAAGAAGAAGAUGAUUCCAUUCACUUACCCACAAAAUUUAUUUUCGUUUAUUAUGAAAUUUGGUUGAUAUUUGAGCUAGUAACAUUCUUUGUCGAUUACCCUCUCUUUUAUAAUAUGGAUUUUUGACUUGAA